AUGGCUGCCACUCGGGCGCGCAAGGCUGAAGAACAGGAGGAACAACAAAGGAAAGCUGAAGAGAAGCACCAGCAGAAGGCUGCAGAGAAGCAAGCAUUGGUGCAAAUGGCUAAGAUCACUGCCUCUUUGGCCAUUGAGCUUGAUGUUGCACCAAUGGCUGAGCUUGUGGUUUCACCAAAGGCUGCUACAUGA